GGACAAAAUUUACUGCUUACAGCUUGAGUGAACUGAGCUCAUGACAUAGAACUACGUGAUGGACCCUCGGCCUUGACAUAAUUGUACCUGACAGCCACUGAAAGGGUUGGAUCUUAGAGGAAUCUGGCUAGCAUGGGCCAGUAGGCAUACUGCUAAGCUCAAAGGAUACGAAACAUUGCAAAUGGUAAGCAGACUACAGAGCAGAAUUGGAGUGACUGUUCUGAAGAUGUUAAAAUGUUGAAAACCACUAUGAAAGUGCAACAUGUUAUCAAGGUUCUUCGCUGAACCAUCAAAUGCUUUCAUCUUAAACUAAUAGAACAAUAGUAACUAACAGAUGUAUUUGUACAAGAGAUUUACACACACUUGUUACUGAAACAGUUUUGUUAACAUCCUCAGGUAUCAAGAGUGAUUUUGGAUUUUGAACUUAGAAUCUUGUGAGUUAACUUUGAACUCAUUAGAACCAGUACAGUUAUGCUAUUAAAGGAACAGAUGACAUGAAAAUUAAGAAAGUAAAAAAAAGACUGGUAACAAUCAGAAAUUUUUGAGAAUGAAUGUAGAUGAAAGUGAGAAUAUUGAUUUACCAAAAAAAGAUAGCAAUGAAAAUAGUAAGAAAAGCCAUGGUAAUGCAAAUAGUGAAAACUUUCAUGAAAACGGUAAUGAGGCAAAUGGUGAAAAUGGGAAAGACAGCAGUAGUAACAACACAAGUGAAGAAAAAAUGAUUGAAAACUACUGUGGUGAUAUCAUGAAGGAAAGUCAUGGUGGUAAUGCUAGUAAUGGAAAUGUUAAUAAAAGUACUAGUGAGUCUUCCAAUAAUGGAAUCAUUAAUAAAAGCAUAGAUGAUACAGCUAGUAAAAUUAUUAUAAACAAUGACUGUUAUAUAAACAGUGAUAAGGAUAAUGAAACUAUUGAUGUUAUAAACAGUGAAAAAAGGAAUGUAAACAGUGAUGUUUGCAGUGAAAAGGACCAUGAAAAUAGUGAUACCUCAAACAGUGAGAAAAAGAAUAAAAGCCUUGAUGGAGAUGCAACAAGCAGUAUAGCUUAUAUCAAGGCACCAAAAAGUAGUGACCCGGGAUGCCAUGAAGAAAAAGCAGCCAACACAACAAGUGGACACGACUGUGUUGAAGACGAGGCAGAGGAAGAAAACUGGCUGGAUUUACUCAACAUGGAUGACUUCGAAGUAGUAGAUGCUCUGGAGGAUGAUGAGGACCAGUCUGAGUUAGGCUGUCAGAGCCCUUGGUCUCAGUCUGGCAUUCUAGAAAGGGAGAGUAGGAAAGCACACACAAGCUCUUCAAAAACAGGUGAAAGUAGUAAGAGUAGAGAGCACAGGAGAGAAAGAAGCAAGUCCUACAGCUAUAAAGGUGUGUCAAAAACAUAUGAUAAGGGAAAGAAUAGAGAUUCUUCCAGAAGAUAUAGUAAAGAUGAUUCAAGAAAAUCAAAAACAUCUUGUGAGAGGCAUAAGAAAAGCUAUGAUGAGAAGAGAAGUCAUUCAGGGAGAUCAGUUAGCAAGCACAGCAGCUCCACUAGCCAUCAAUUACGUAGAAAACAAGACAAAAAGACUGAUAGUAAGAAAAUGUGUCUUACAGAGAAAAACCAUCAUAGAAAAGACAAUUUUCAGAGAUCCAUCACUAAAGACAAACAUUUACCGAUAUCUGAUAAAAGAGAGAAGCCCAACCAGAGUCAGCAAAAAUUGAUCAAAGGAAUAAAUGACAAACACAUUAAAUUAGGUAAGUGUAGUUGCAAACAUAUUUCAGAUAAAACAAAUGUAAAAUUGAUACCUCAGAAUGAAGAUCAGAAAAAGAAUAAAAGAAAGGAAGAUGUUGAUAAUAACUUCAGCAAGGAAGAGUCUGGUACACAUUGUGAAGCUGUCAAUAUUAGUUGUGAAAUGUCCAGUGUAAUUUGUGAUAUAGUUAGUGCUGGUUCUAAGACAAUUAUUGAUGCAAGUGAGAAUACUAAAAGCAACAACAACACUGAGUUAAUCGAAGCAUUCUUCGGGAUAGACAGUGGGACGUGCGAAAAUCUGUAUAAUAAUCAGAAGAUUGAAAAUACUGAUUUGGAAAUAGAAAAUAUUGAAGAUUUUCAAUUGGCAAAAGAUGAGGUGCUUGAAGAUUACUCUAUUGAUGAAGAGCUGAGGCUUAUUAUGGAGUAUUGUGAAGAUAACGAUAAAAAUUUCCUCUGCGACACUGAUUAUGUGAAACAAGAGGAUUCCAAGAGUAAACAAACAGAUGAGUAUCUUAAACAAGAAAAUUGUAGCCUGAAGCAGACAAUUGAGAAAUGUUCCAACCUGCAGGAUGUGACUGAGGAUUGUAAACAGCAUUAUUCUAACACUAAGGAGGAAGAUCCAGUUUCUAAGCAGGAAAAUUCUAAAUCAAAGUUGACCUUAAAGGAUGCAAAACAAGACAAUUGGAAAUGUAAUCAGGCUGUUGUGGAAUUUGAACAACACAGCAACAACUCAGGGCAAGCAUUCCAGAAGUGUAAAGAGGAAGGUGUGCAACGUGAGCUGGAAAGUAAGUAUUCCAAGAAUAAUACAGAGCAAGGAGAAUCGAGGCUCACGAAAGAUGUGAAAUCUCAACAAGAACAGAAGCCCAGACAAGAAGUUAGAGGAUUAGAAAAAGAGAAUGGUAAAUAUAUAUUGGAAAAUAAAAUGCUCCAUCACAAAGGUCUUGAUUCUGAGAACAGUUGUUCCAGGGUUAAGGAUAAAGUGUGUGAACAAGAUUAUAUCAGUGGCAAGAAAGAGUCUGUAAAUUUUAAACACGAGGAUUCUAAAAUUAAGCAUGAAACUGGAACAGCUAAAUAUUCUAAACAAGAAACUGCUUUCUUAAAGAAAGCUAAGAAAAGUAAAGCAAAAACUGAGGGUUCUAAAAAAGAAGAAAAAUUCCAAAAAGUUAAGGAUUCUAAUCAGAAGAAUAUGAUGUCAAAUGAUCAUAUAAAACCUGAGCAAGAAUGUACUUGCUUUAAAAAGUUGACCGGAAACUCGAAACAGAUUGUGAAGGCAGUGAAUAAUGGAGCUGAGGAUAGUAAAUGGCACAAUGUAAAAUCUCAGAAUGAAAUGACUGAUUCAGAACUUAGUAAUACCAAUAAUGAUAAGGAAUGUCAGAAAUAUGAAAAGGGGAAAAUUAAUUCUAUGCAAGGAAAUCAAAAUUCCAAAUGCAAUGAAAGUGAUGUGCAAAGAGAGAAUAAGGUCUCCACAGAUUUGCAGGGUGGACCAUCAGAAAUGGAAGACAAGAUAGGCAAAUAUAUAGAAGCUGUUAGAAAAGAAUUUGCUUCAAAACCAAAGAAAUAUGUAUAUCUUGAAGAUGAAGUAUGUAAGAAGGUAAUUGGCAGCUCAUGCUUGCAGAAGAAAAAGGUGGUGAUAAUAGGAGAUUCUCGCAUCAAGUCCCUGGCAGAAGUUGGGAUGGAUGGUAAACGUUUCAGCAUUGACAUCAGAUGUGUCCCAGACUUGACCCUUGAUAAGUUGAAGGAGUCUGUUGAACUUUAUGUUGAUAAAAAGUAUUUCUCUGAAGGAAUCUUACUCAUUUGUAGUGUUGGAAUAUAUGACAUCAUUGAAAUAAGUGACAAUUUAUCCUGCCAGAUAAUGGACGACCACGUACCAAUGAAACAAAUAUAUUUUACAAAACGAAAUUCACGUUUUGACAUCAUUCAUAAGAUGAUGGCUGUGAGGAGCAGUUUGCAAGAUUUAUUGGGUAAUAAUUCUGAAGUCUAUUUUACAACUAUUCUUCCAGUAAACAUUUCAAAGUUUAAUUUAUGGCAGUUGAAAGUUCACAAAGAUGGUACUGGCCACCACCCGGAUGUCCAGUCACCCUCACCUCGUCUGGAAAACCUAGUUUAUCAUAAGUUAACUGAAGUUAAUGACGAAGUCAAAAAAUUAAGUGUAAGAGGAGAUGGACGAACUAUUCCUUGGCAUCUUUUAGAAAUAAAUGAAAGUUCACAGUCUGCAUAUAAUAAAUUUUCACAUUUACAUAUGGUUGAUGGUCUAAAUCCUUCAAAAAAAUUAACACAGUUAAGCAUCAUCCCUUUUCUUAAAAAUAGGAUUAAUCUAUACUCUAUGAGGUAUCAGGAAGUUGUACUUAUUGGUGACUCCAGAAUACAAGCAUUGGAGAAAGCUUGGCCCACUGACACUGAUAACACAAUGUUAACUGUACUGACACAGUCCAAGUUGUCUUUCCAUACUUUCACUCAAGAAAACCCUAUUGUCAAAGAAAUUACUGGCAAGAAAAAUUCACUAAUAGUAAUUAGUUUAGGGAUGUAUGAUUUAUUAAACUUUGUUGCAGAGGAUGGCUGUGAUUCUCAUGAGAUAAAACUAGAAUUACCCUCUUUAUGUAUAGAGACUUUGGACAGCACCAAUGAAGCAUGGAUUGAUUUUGUACACUGCUUAAAGAGAGUUGACCAGCUUCUUCAUAAAAUUACUAUUAACUGUGAUGUUAUAAUAACAACCAUUUAUCCAUUUGAUUUUCUGAGCUUCAAAAAUUAUCUGAUCAAGAUGCAUGCUGAGAAAACUGGGCAUGUUAUACAAAGUCAAAAACAAUCUGAGGAACUAGACAAAAAAUUAUGUCAGAUUUCUGACUUCAUAUUAAGAAUAAAUAGGAUUGCAACUGCAUAUUCUAAAAGAAAAAAUUUGCCUGUGUGGGACUUUAAGAGUUCAGUAUUUGGUAAGUGCAGUCAAUUAGCCAGUGAUGUGCCUCUGUUUGAUGGUUUCCAUCCAGUGUCAUCAAUAGCUAGAAAGAUAGCUGGAGAGUGUGUCAAUUUUGCCAAGCAGUCUUAUUAUGCCUCCAUACAUACGAGUACUCUUUGGAAUACAAAUGAUUUAGCUGAUUUUGAAAGAAUGCCUGGCUCAUGCAUAUAUAAUAUAUCCAACCUUUUGGAUAGGAAUAAUUUUCUCCUGUCUCUUUCACCUGAAGCCUCAAGCCUCACUGCUGUGAAAAAAUCUUCAGUUUUGGGAUGGACUCCACCUCUAGAUCUAGAAGAUAUGAAAACAUGUGUUGUUGAAAAUGCGAGUAUUAAUAGCAGCUGUAACUUAGGCCAAGAACCCACAUAUAAUAAUGUAAACAUGAAAGACUCAGAAAAGACAAAAAAAAGAAAAAAUACAAAAGAAAGCAGUCCAUGCAUACUGCAAGCUAUGACAAAUAAAAGGAAAAAUGGAAGUAAAGACUUUGAUAACUGUUGUACUUUUAUUCAAGAUAAUAUUUAUGAGAAUUGCAAUCCAUCUAGACAUUGCUAUCUUGAAGGUAUAUCUCCAUCUACAUUAAGCUCAUCAUCAAAUAUUGAGACAGGAAAGCACUCUCCUCAGAGAGAAAACUUUGAAAAUUAUGACAUUUUCAGGAAAAAUCUUGAUCUUGAGCCUGUUUCCCCAUCAUCUUUGCAUUUGUCAUCUCCGGACUAUCAAAAUCCAAAUGAAAAAAAUAGUAAUGAAACUGACUCAGAUAGUAGAUAUAAAUUGUCAGGAAAUUAUACAGUAAAUUACACAGACAAUACCUUUACCAUUUCAAAAUAUGGGACUCCUGAUUUGAGCCCAUCAAGAUAUCAUAGUUCUCCGAAGUGCAGUAAAUGGCUGGAUAGACAUACUAACAGAGGGAUUCCUUCUAAAAGGAGGUACAGUUCAGAGGAGGAACUUACUCCAGAAAGGGAGUUGAGUCCAUGGAGAUGUGACAGUAAAGUUAGACACCACAGUGGGGAUAGAUGUUACAGUACAGAAAGAAUUUGCCAUCCUAACAGAAGUAAUUACAGUCCAGAAAGUAGGUGGAGAGAGAGGAGUGUCUCUCCCAUUUGGAAGAGGGGUGUGUCUCCUGUUUCAAGGUGCUCUUCAGAUAGAAAUGAAUCAUGGAAGCAUAGUCCAAGAAGUUGCAGUCCACUUCGGCGCUCUGUCCAUACAUUUAGUGAUGGGGUCAGCAAGGAACGUUUGAGACAUGACAGAAGACACAUCGCAUUGACGCCAGAUAAAGGCUCUCCUUCCACUUUACGCAGCAGAAGGUGUGUAUUCUAUUUUUUUUUCUUUUUGCUAAUUUUAGACAUCUUGAAAACUAUAUUUAUUUUAUUAUUCCAAGCUCCUAUGAUUUGAUAUUGCCUUCACAUUAUCAAAGCACAUGGUAGAGAAUAUUUCCAUAAGCAAUAUUGAAUAUCCCAUAAAAGGUGAGUACAGUAUUCAGUAAUUAUUUUACAGUGGAACCUCAAGUAUCGAACUUAAUCCAUUCCAGGAGCUAAUUCUAAAUUCAAAAAGUCUGAAAAGCGAAGCAAUAUUUCCCAUAAGAAAUAAUGGAAAUACAAUUAAUCCGUUCCAGAAACCCAAAAAUAUUCACAAAAAAGUACAUUUUAGAGAGAUUAAUUACAGUUUUACAUACAACAGAUAUAGUGUUCAAUUAUGUAUUAAUAAAUGUAAAUAAACAUAUAACAUUUUUACUUACCUUUAUUGAAGAUUGGUGAUGGCAUCUGGAAGAUAGGGAAGAGGAGAGAGAG